AUGAAAAAAAUAACAAAAAAUUAUGUCUUCAUAAAAAAAGUGAUGAUUCAAUAAAUAGUCCUAGAGAAGUAUAUUCUCAUUACUACUACAAAAAAGUAGUUACUCAUUAUUUAUUUUUUAGAGCAUCUAAGACUGUUCCAUAAAUAAAUUCUUCUUAAAGUUCAGAAACAAUAAUACUUCAACUCAAAGUUUAAUAUCAUCUAAAAAUUGUUUUUCAAUUAUUAAAUCUUAAUAAAGAUCCUAAAUUUUUGUGA